AUGGCCGGACAAGUUUAUAAGGAUAAGGCUACAUUGAAAGAGGUGAUGGAGAAUUAUGCUAUAGCUCAAAGGUUUCAAUUCCGGGUUGAUCGGUCUAAUGCUGUCAGCUAUGCAUUAUUAUGUAUUUCAGAAGAUUGUGAAUGGAGGUUUAAGGCUUCAAGCAUUAACAAAUCAGAACUAUUCAAGGUGAGAGAAUUCAAUGAUAACCAUACAUGUCCGCUGAAGGAUAAGGUGUACGAGCAGCGGCAGGCUAGUAGCAGCCUUAUAGGUGGUAUUAUAAGGCCAAAGCUUACAAACCAUAAGAGGAAAUACACUCCGAGGGACAUUAUUGAUGAUGUGAAAUCAGAUUUAGGUGUAGAUGCUAGCUACAUGUUGGCGUGGAGGGCUAAAGAAAAGGCAAUGAAUUUUCUUAGAGGUGAACCGGCUGAUUCAUACAAAAAAUUACCAGGAUACUUAUAUACAAUGGAUAUGACAUAUCCAGGUUCCCACAUCAGAAUGGUAAAAUCGCCAAAGAAUGAGUUCAUGUACGUGUAUAUAUCAUUGUAUGACUUUAUAAGGGGGUUUGAUCAUUGUAGACCAAUUGUUGUUGUGGAUGGAAGUCACCUAAAAUCUUACUACACCGGUACAUUCGUUUCGGCAAGCACGUUGGAUGGUGCAGGUCAUAUAUUACCACUAGCAUAUGGUGUUAUUGAUUCAGAGAACGAUGCUGCUUGGACGUGGUUCUUUGAGCAAUUCAAGAUAGCAUACGGUGUAAGGAAAACAUGUGCAUCGUUUCAGAUAGAAAUGAGAAGCCAUGCCAAGUUGAGCGAGAUAUACUUUUCGAUGGCAAAAGCAUACACAGAAGCUGAAUUUGACAGUCUAAUGGAGAAGGUAGAUAUUAGGGUGAAAGAAUACUUAGAGUUAGCUGGUUACGAAAAGUGGGCUAGGUUGUAUGCACCUGUUAACAGGGGAUGGACAAUGACGUCAAAUAUUGCUGAGUCAAUCAAUGUCGCACUAGUUUCAAAAAGGGAAUUGCCAAUAUACGACUUCCUCGAAGAAGUUAGGAAGAUGUUUGGACGUUGGAAUUGUAGUAACUGCAAAGAAGCUACACAGACAUACAAGACGCUUGGGAAAAAAAUACCAGGAGAUGCUGGAGUUGAAUGUGUACACGUAUGA